AUGUUCAUGGUUCGGGUGCUGCAGUGGAAUGCUAGGAGCCUGAUGGCUAAUGGACAGGAGAUGAAACACUAUAUAAGGAAGAUGAAGAUACAGCCAGACGUAGUUUGUGUUCAGGAAACUUUUUUGAAACCUAGCUUAGAUUUUAAGGUUAGUGGGUAUAUGACAAUCAGGAGGGAUAGGAGUGAAGAAGAAGCAAGAGGAGGGUGCGCAAUAUUUAUUAGGCAGGGUAUUUCUUAUAGGUUGAUAGAAAGUGGGGAAGAGCAGGAAUAUAUAGUGGUAGAGUUGUGGGAGGGAGGGGAGGCGGUGGUUAUAGUUAACUACUAUAAUCCAGGGGGGAGGUUAAUAUUGGAUAGGUUAGUUAGGAUAAAAGGGGUUGAUAGACGAAAGGUUAUCUGGUGCGCAGACUUUAAUGCACAUAACACUUUGUGGGGUGGGAAACACACAGAUGUAGAUGGUAGGGUAGUUGAGGAGCUAAUGGAGGAGAGGGAAUUAGUAUGUUUAAAUGAUGGGAGAGGGACUAGAAUAGAUGUCAGAACAGGAAAUGAGUCAGCUAUAGAUAUUACAUUGGUAUCAGCAAAUUUGGCAGGAGUCAGUAAAUGGGAAGUGUUGUCAGGAAAGUCGCUAGGUAGUGAUCAUUACUUAAUCAUGUGUACAGUAGGGGGAAGAGUGGAGGUGGGGGCGGGUAGGGGGCUCCGGAAAUGGGUGUACAGUAAAGCAGAGUGGAAUAAAUUUAGGGAGGUGAGUGAGGGUCUACUGGAGGUAGUUGAUACAAACAGGGAUGUGGAAGAAGUCAACAAUAGUGUUACAACAGCAAUAAUCACAGCAGCAACUCAAGCUAUUCCGAGGAGCAGAAAUGGGAGGACCAGGAAGUUAGUUCCAUGGUGGUCAGAGGAGUGUAGCAAGGCAGUGAAAGCCCGAAAUAAAGCAUUCAGAAAGAUUAAACAAAACCAUACUAUGGCAAGUCUGUUAGAAUAUCAGAGAGCACAAGCAUUGGUGAGGAGAGUAGUUCGACGCACAAAGAGGGAGAGUUGGAGACAGUUUUGUAAUGGUAUAGGGAGAACAACACCAGUAGGAGAAGUAUGGAGUAUGAUAAGGAAGAUGGGAGGGGACAGGAGGGAGUGGGAAUAUCCUGUAAUUACAGAGGAAGGAGAGACAGCAGUAAAUGAUAAGGAAAAGGCUGAGAUGAUAGCCAGGGCAUUUGCAAAGGUGCAUAGUGUAGACAAUCUGACAAUGGAGGGGAAGAGGAGAAGAGAGAUGACUCAGAGUAGAUAUCCAGGUGCUCUAGACAGGAGGACGGAUUCAGGGGGGGAGAUAGACACCAGAUUUACUAUGGCAGAGCUUGUGAGAGCGGUUAGGAAGGCAAAGCCUACAGCUCCAGGGGGAGAUCAGGUAAGCUAUGUAAUGCUGAAAAAUUUAGGGGAAAAGGGGAUGAACAGGAUGUUAGAAUUGUAUAAUAAGGUAUGGGAGGAGGGAAGGCUACCGAGUGUAUGGAAGGAAGCAGAGGUAGUACCGAUCAGGAAGCCAGGUAAGGACCCAUGCUCUCCUUCUAGCUACAGGCCAAUAGCUUUGACUUCGAACAUUUGUAAAAUUAUGGAAAGAAUGGUAACAGAGAGAUUGACAUAUGUGCUUGAAAAGAGAGGUAAGCUGGCGAGAUGCCAAAGCGGAUUUAGAAAAGGUAGGAACACAAUGGACGCAGUGGUGAGACUAGAAAGUGAGGUGAGGAAGGCGCAGGCAAAUAAGGAAUCUGUAGUGGUAGUGUUUUUUGAUAUAGAGAAGGCAUAUGACAUGAUGUGGAAGGAAGGAUUACUGAUUAAGUUGCAGGGGAUGGGGAUUGGGGGCAGAGUUUUUAAUUGGGUAAAGGACUUUUUGAAUGAUAGGAAGAUUCAAGUUAGAAUAGGGACAGAGAUAUCUAGUAAAUAUGAAGUAAGGAACGGCACUCCCCAGGGGAGCGUAGUUAGCCCACUAUUGUUUCUUAUCAUGAUUAAUGAUGUUUUUUCAGAGGUACCAGCAGAUAUAGGAAGCUCACUGUUCGCAGAUGACGGAGCACUGUGGAAGAGAGGGAGGAACACCAAACAUUUAGUCACUAAGGUGCAGACAGCGAUUGAUGGGGUGACAGAGUGGGGAUUAGAUUGGGGGUGUAGGUUUUCAGUAGAGAAGACUCAAACUAUAAUUUUUACCGGGAAGAGGGUGGGAGUAGAUGUGUCAUUGAGUAUGUAUGGUAGGCAACUGGAGAGGGUUGAGGCAUUUAAGUAUUUGGGGGUGGUAUUUGAUAAGAGGUUAACCUGGGCAGAUCAUAUCAAGCGGGUAGAGGGUAAGUGCAGGAAAGUGUUGAAUGUGAUGAGGUGUCUUGCAGGCAGAGAAUGGGGGGCGAGCUGUGAUGCAUUAAAAACAGUAUAUGUAGCUAUGAUUAGGUCAGUUAUAGAUUAUGGGUGUAUAGUUUAUGGAUCAGCAGCAAAGUCCCUUUUAGGAAAGCUAGAUACGAUCCAGACAAGUGCAUUAAGGAUCUGUAGUGGGGCCUUCCGGACGUCACCAGUGCCUGCAGUACAGGUGGAGUUGGGUGAGAUGCCGCUAUGCCUGAGGCGCAAACAUCUCAUAGCAAACUACUGGGUUAGUUUAAAGGGCAGCAGUGGUACCCACCCCACAAAAGGAGUGAUAGAGGAGUGUUGGGAGGAGGGGAAAGGUAAGAGGGAGCAUUUUGGUAGGAUGGGGAAUAGAAUAACAGCAGAGCUUGGGGUGGGGGAGAUGGAGGUAGACCUAACAAUAGUGUAUCCAGCAAUGCCACCAUGGAAAAUGAUAUGGCCAACAGUGGAUUGGAGUGUAAUGGGAAAGAAAAGGAAAGAGGGAGGACAGGUAAGCUUGGUCAGCGUAGUUAAUCAGCGCCUGAGGGAAGAAUAUAGCGGAUUUGUUCAGGUAUACACGGAUGGGGCAAAACAACCUGAGACGGGGGUGACAGGAUUAGGGGUAGUGGUGCCAUCGAGAGGAAUUGAAAUCAAUAGAAGGACAUCAGACGGUCUAGCGGUAAACACAGUGGAGAUGUUGGGGGUGAUGAUUGCACUGAAAUGGGUGGAAAAAGUUAGAGUAAAGAGGGUAGUUAUAUGCACGGAUUCAGCAUCAGUUUUAGCUAGCAUUAGAUCAUUCCAUUCAAGCAGCCGUCAGGGUUUAUUAUAUGAAAUAUUACAGUCAGUAACAAGAAUAGUACAGCAGGGGGGUCAGAUCAGUUUUUUAUGGGUUCCAGCACAUAUAGGGGUGGAAGGAAAUGAGAAGGCAGACGUGAUGGCUAAGGAGGCGUUAGGGAAGGAAUCAGUGGAGCUGAAUGUUAGGUUAAGUAAAGCGGAAGUUAAGAGUAUGAUAUGGGAAAAGCUUAUUCAAAUGUGGCAGAAGAAAUGGGAGGGUGAGAAGAGAGGAAGGCAUCUUUAUAAGAUUCAAGAAAGUGUUAAAGUUAGGAGGUUGGGUAGUGGACAGAGAAAGGAAGGGUCAGCAUUGAUAAGGUUGAGGUUGGGUCAUUGCGCAUUAAACAAAACACUGAAAAUGAUAGGGAAACACCAGACUGGGUUAUGUGAGGGAUGUCAGGUGGAGGAGUCAGUGGAGCAUGUACUAAUGGGUUGUAGGAGAUAUGAGAUGGAAAGGGGAGAGAUGAGAAGUAAGUUGAGGGAAUUGGGUAUGCAGGACCUUACACUAAAGGGAGUAUUACAGAUGGGGGACAGGGCACAUGUGAGAGUGUUAGUCGAGUUUUUAAGGGUGACGGGGUUGAUUGAUAGGAUUUAG